GUAGUGACCGGGAGGCGCCGGCGCUCGGGGCGGACGGUUCCGGGCGCCGUACGGUCCCCCCCUGGUCCCCGCCCCUCCCUGGCUCCCGCCGGCCCCGGGAGCUGCCCGCUCCCCGCAUGGCCUCCGCCCCGGUAAGGUCCCCGCCGCUGUCUGAGCCGAUCUCAUGGCGGCGGGGCCAGGAGGACCCGAUUCUGGAACGUUAUUUUAAAGGUCACAAAGCCGCGAUCACCUCCGUGGGCUUCAGCCCCAACUGCAAACAACUUGCCACUGCUUCUUGGGACACCUUUCUCAUGCUAUGGAGUUUGAAGCCACACACUAGAGCUUACAGAUACGUCGGCCACAAGGACGUCGUGACCAGCGUACAGUUUUCUCCACAAGGAAACUUACUGGCGUCGGCUUCACGAGACAGAACUGUUAGACUCUGGGUUCCUGAUAGGACAGGGAAGUCCUCUGAAUUUAAAGCGCACACGGCGCCGGUUCGAAGUGUGGACUUUUCAGCCGAUGGCCAGCUUCUGGUUACAGCCUCAGAAGACAAAUCUAUUAAAAUAUGGAACAUGUACCGCCAGCGCUUCCUCUACUCUCUGUACCGACACACGCACUGGGUACGCUGUGCCAAAUUCUCGCCCGAUGGAAGAUUAAUCGUGUCGUGUAGUGAGGAUAAAACUAUCAAAAUUUGGGAUACUUCAAGUAAGCAGUGUGUGAAUAACUUCUCAGAUUCCGUAGGAUUUGCAAAUUUUGUGGACUUUAACCCUAGUGGUACAUGCAUAGCCUCAGCAGGUUCUGAUCACACUGUGAAAAUCUGGGAUAUCAGAGUGAAUAAAUUACUCCAGCACUAUCAAGUUCACAGCUGCGGUGUGAACUGUCUGUCAUUCCACCCUUUGGGUAACAGCCUGGUCACUGCCUCUUCUGAUGGAACACUUAAGAUUCUGGAUCUCCUAGAGGGAAGACUCAUAUACACACUUCAAGGACAUACGGGACCUGUCUUUACUGUUACAUUCUCCAAGGAUGGGGAGCUGUUUACGUCAGGAGGUGCGGAUGCGCAGGUCUUGUUGUGGAGGGCUAACUUUAAUCAUUUGCGCUGUAAAGAUCCUAAUAAAAGAAACCUCAAAAGACUGCAUUUUGAUUCCUCACCACACCUUCUCGACAUCUACCCUCGAUCACCACAUCCCCAUGGAGAGAAAAAGGAGACUGUUGAAAUUAAUCCCAAACUUGAGGUGAUGGAUUUGCAGAGUUGUUCUCCCCCUGUCGUGGACGUCCUUUCUUUUGAUUCUACCACAAUUUCGACGUGAGUUCUCAGCUGCCUGCUGUAGCGCUUCCUGCCAUGAUAGUGAUGAACCCUUGGCCCUCUGGAACUGUAAGACCCAAAGAAACCUUCCUUCUGUAAAUUGCCUUGGUCAUUUUGUCACAGCAAUAAAACGGUAACUAAGACAGACGGUGAUAGAGUUGUAUUCAUUGCUGUGGACAGUCUAACAGUGCUAACUAAUAGAAAGUAUCAAAAGUAAUAGAAAUCCCUAUAUUAUAGGAUACCAUGGGAAGUUCUUAUAGGAAUGUCUUCAUGAGUGACGAAAGUAAGGGACUGAGUUAGAUGGAUAGACAGGAAGAUGUAGGCAUUCAGGGGAGAAGGAUACAGAGCAGAGAGGGGCGCAUUGUUUCCUGAGUUGUUUGUUAGUCCUUGUGAGUUUCAUCGGGUUUUUUAAAGCAUUGUUGCAACUUGGAAAAGAAAUCAGCUGUUACCUUUUACAACACAGCAAAGAGCUGUGUUGCUUAGAGGGAUGUUUGUGCUACUGCUCGUUCUCUUGAAUCCAUUUCACUUGAUUGCUGUCUGCUUAAAUUCUCAAGGGUGAACAGAUCAGUUUUUCUGAGACAUGAUAGGAGUGAAAUUAAACCAGCUGUGGCCUUCCAAGCCCCGCCCCGUCCCUGGCCCCCUCCCACCGUUUUUUUCUAAUGUAUAACUUAGUUUAAGGUAACUUAAGUUUAAGGUAAACUAGCUUUGUAAAAAUAAUUGAGUAUGUAUAUGUGUGUGCAGGUGCCAGCAAAUGACAAAAGAGGGCAUCAGGUCCCCUGGAGCUGGCGUUACAGGUGGCUUGGAGCCUUGACUUGGGUGGGGGGACCUGAACUCAGAUCUUCUGGAAGAACAGCAAGCAUUGCUUUUCUAUCUGAUUUUUUUGCAGUGGUAGGGAUCAAACAAACCUAAACUUGAGUCAUUCUAGGCAAGCAAGUACUCCACCACUGUGUGUGUGUGUGUGUGUGUGUGUGUGUGUGUGUGUGUGUGUGUGUGUGUAUAUAUAGGCAAGAAAGCAUACCCACCACUGUGCAUAUGCACUCUACCACUGUGCAUAUAUAUAUAUACAGUGAAAGAUAACUACAGAUUUUUGUCCUACACAUUAGCAUACUAUAUGUAUAUGAAUGAUUCUUGUGAAAUUCUAUGUAAAAAAGAGAUUAAGUGUGACUUUCUUACUCUGAGUGCCCUUUGAAGUUUUUUUUUUGUUUGUUUGUUUUGUUUUUUCGGGACAGGGUUUCUCGGUGUAGUUUUGGUGCUUGUCCUGGAUCUCGCUUUGUAGACCAGGCUGGCCUCGAACUCACAGAGAUCCGCCUGGCUCUGCCUCCUGAGUGCUGGGAUUAAAGGUGUGCGCCAUUACCGCUCUGCUAAAGUUUAACAAUAACAAAAAGUCAUCUGUUUUCCCUGUUGAACUGGCAAGAAGCUUUGUUGGUGUCACAUUUGCCCAGAAUAUUGAGAAAGCAUCCAUCUGCAGCCCUUAGCGUCCAAUGUUAGUUCAGAAGAGAGAAAACCGAUUCUGUUUCACUCACUGCCUCCCUCCCAACCCCCAGAUGUUGUAGUCAGUGCUUAAAUCACUCAUUAAGGGUUGUCUGCCUUGGCACAGGUUUCCAUGUCAGGGUGGGGCGUUAGAAGACAGAUCUUCCCUUAAGGAACUGGUAACAGAGUUUGUGUUUUCUUAAUCAUAUAGUGAUAAGUGAAAGUACAGGGACAUUUUAUGUAAGUCUCAUGUGUACUAGUAGUCUACCCAUUCAUGCCUUCAAAGUAGAUCAGUUUCCAUAGGAAUGAAACUAGUGAUUAGAAACAAGGGUGAUACUGGAUUUGUGUCCUCAGCUGUUUCCAAAGGACCAAAAUCAUUCAGAUAACUUGGCUGACAAUUCCAUAAGGGGCGUUGUUUUUCAAAUCCUCCAUAAAACUUUAUACCUAAAGCUUUUGUGUUUUUCUGUUUUUGUGGAUGUGUUUAUUUGGCUGGCUGGUUGGUUGGUUGGUUGGUCAGUCAAUUGGUUGGUCAGUUGGUUGGUUAGUUGGUUUUUUUGUUUGUUUGUUUGUUUGUUUUUCGAGACAGGGUUUCUCUGUAGCUUUGGAGCCUGUCCUGGACUAGCUCUGUAGACCAGGCUGGCCUCGAACUCACAGAGAUCCACCUGCCUCUGCCUCCCGAGUGCUGGGAUUACAGGUAUGCGCCACCACCGCCUGGCUGGCUAGUUGGUUCUGUUGGUAUAUUUUAUUAGUUAACUUGUUUUGUUGUUGCAACAAAAUGCCUGCCAAAAGCAACUUAAGGAAAGAGGAGUUUAUUUUGGCUUUGAAUUUGAGAGUACAGUCUAUCGUGCUAGGGUAGUCAUGGCAGCAGGUGUGGGAGGCCUGGUCGUAUCGCAUGGAUGUUGAGGAAGCCAACAUCUGCAGCUCCUGGAGUUCAGUGUUGAUUCAGAAGAGGGAGCGCCCAAGUAGUAAACUCGGAAUACUUGUGAUCAACUCACUUUCUCUU